CUGUCUGUGAACCUCGCUGUCAGAAUAAUGGAAGAUGUGUUGGUCCGAAUUCAUGUCAGUGUAACGGAUACUCAGGAGUUAGAUGCGAUCAACCUAUAUGUGAUCCACCUUGUAUGAACGGUGGAACGUGCACGAGGUCACGGUCAUGUUCCUGCAUCUCGUCCUACACAGGGUCUCACUGUUCAAUCCCCGUGUGUAAUCCCAGUUGCAUAAAUGGAGGCACGUGCGUUGCUCCCAACAAGUGUAUGUGUACGGCAACUUACACAGGAGCUACAUGUGAAAUACCCUUAUGUUCAUACCACUUGCCUUGUUUUCCUGGAACAUGCACCGAUUCUAUCCACUGUCAGUGUAAAGAAGGUUUUAGUGGCAAUUCUGGAUUAGACUUAUGUAGAUCAAUGACGUCAUUGGCGAGUCCCACGAUAAGUCAGUGCAGCUCUUUCCUUGCCAACAUAGAGAGAACUGGACAAAAGAGAGAACUCUAUAAGUUUAUGGCUGAUUCCUCUGGAACAAAUUCCACCGGGAUCAGCACGAGGUGGGUGAACCGUAAAGACUACAACUUCAUCAACGUACAGUUCUCUGCAACAUUUCAAAAUCUACAUGGAGUGAAUUCUCCGGGGUAUAUCGACGAUUUUAAGUUUGGGAUUGUGUCGGGAAUGAUCCAGAUGGAUUUAAGCAAAUCGGAUAGGAAUGAUUCAUCAAAGGCAUUUAUAAGCAUAAACAGUACAAUUCUUAAAUGUCCAAAUAAUCCUGGUUCCAUUUCACCAAAUGAGGACGUAUUUUGGUGCAACUUAACAAAUGCAAAUUUUGACCGACUUCUGGAACAUGGGGACAACUUGACUUUAACAGCCAUUGCAACAAAUGGAGGAUAUCGAAAGCUUAAAACACCAGAUGGAGAUCGUGUGAACACAUUUAUCGGACAAAAUGCCAGCAAAAGCACACAAUUUCUAUUCGAUUUAGUGAACCCCAAUCACUGUUUGCUGCAUGGAAAAUGUCAAGCAAUAGCCUUCAACGUUGAAGAAGAUAUAACCAAGCAUGCAAUCCAUUUUUCAUGGAAUGGUUGGGUUGACAAUAUGUCAGGAAUAGAAAAGUACGUGAUUCAGAAGUAUCUACUAGAAGCUGACAAUGAAGUUCCACCAAAACUUUGUGAAAAAGAUCCUUGGAGGCCAUUGGAGACCUUUGAAUUAAAUAGAACAUCCUCAUCAUUCGUGCAUUUACCCGAAAAACCUGGAAUGUACUCCUUCCUGCUAAAUGUCGUUGAUGCCGCAAAUAACACCGAAUAUGCUCGAACUUUGGUUUUAUAUGAUCCAAUCUCUAAAAUAACCGUGCUGAACACAACAUCAACAAGAAUUAAAGUAACGAGUGCAAAAGAAGAAACAGGUUACAUGUGGCAGGAUAAUUUAGAUGGAAUGAUUGAAAUUUCUUGGAAAAAACAUUUUCAAAAUAAAUUUCAUUUUGAGAACAAAUUGCUUAAUCCCGUGAAACCUUAUAAGUACUUUGAAUUCACAACAAAUAUUAAAAAAUAUGUAAAUCCUAGAAUGGAGGAUUUAGAUGGAAAUAGAACACUAAAAGGAAUUCAGAAUAUUUAUGGCAUAACCAAAUUUGAAUAUGCAUAUAAACACGGGAAUCUGGGAAACGCAACACCUGUUUUCUGGACCCAAGUGAAUGAUUCUCUUUCAGAAACUCAAACCUUUUUUGUUUCAAGACAAAACGGCGAUAUCAUUAAUAUAUGGAUAAGAGCAACAGAUGUUAUGGGUAAUACGAAAAUAGGGGUGACGCCUUUGUACUUUGAUUCCUCUCCACCAACGCAACUGACGCAUAAUGAUGUUAUAUUUUCACCAAAUUUAAACUUAACGACAUAUGCAUUCUCAAGUCGUUUACAGAUCGAUGUGAGUGACGUAGAAAGUGGAAUUGCUACAAUUUAUUGGAGAUUGAUUGCAAUGGACAGUGGAAUUGUAUUUAAAUCUGGGAAUAUUACUGGAAACAAAACUCUGAACAAUCCUGGACUUAGAAAUGGAUAUCAAAUUGCUACUGGAGAAUACUUCUACAUAAGUCAUUUCCUAGAUGUAAAUAAUUGUUGGAUGGUUGUGUCAAAAGAAAACUUUCCCACAGAGUCUGUUUUGCUUGAAUUAAUUGUAUCUAACAUGGCAAUGAAAUCCAUUAGUUUUAACACAACGAUAUCGGACCUGAAAUCUCUUGAUGGAAUGGACGAAUAUUCUGGUCCAAUGCAUCUACUUUUAGAAAUCAUGGAUCAUUUACAGAUAAUAGAUUAUUACAGAAUUGUAAAUCCUGACAAAAAAGAUAUACACUUGGAGAAGAAUUUAGACUUUGAUAAAUGA